ACUAAAAAGUUGACUUCGGAGAAACACAGAACUUUGCAAUACUUCAACGUAGACUUAGUUUUCGGCAGCAUGGAAACAAUUUCUCCUUGGGAUGUGUUAUUUUUUCAGUUCUGUUUCGAUUUCUCUGUUCGUGUUGGACUGUGAUGUGUUGUUCGUAUUCUUGAUUUUUUUUCUAUAUUAUUUUAUUAUUUCUAUUCUUGCCAGCAUGGCAAAAGCUGUUGCAGAAGAAUACAAGUCAUCUUUAGCUGACCUAAAUUUUAAUAGUAAACCUCAUAUAAACAUGCUAACCAUGCUAGCAGAAGAAAACAUCAACAAUGCUUCUGUCAUCGUUCAAACAAUUGUGAAUCAUAUUCAAAAGUCGUCAAUAGAAAUGAAACUGCCCGGAUUUUACCUAGUGGAUUCCAUCAUUAAGAACAUUGGGAAAGAGUAUGUUCCUCUCUUUUGUCAGCAUAUAGUCACACUCUUUACAUCAGUGUUUGAAAAGGUUGAUGAAACCACGAGAAGCUUGCUGUUUAAAUUACGACAAACAUGGAAUGGCCCGUUGCCCAAUAAAGUUCUUUAUAAUUUGGAUCUUCAAAUUCGAAAGAUGGACCCUGCUUGGCCUGUUACAGCAAAACCUUCUACCAAAGGCAUUCACAUCAAUCCUAAAUUCCUUGCUGGCUCCACUGAUGAGAAAAAAGAAAAGGUAGAAAAAGCACCUAUGAUUUCUGAAGCAGUUUCCGCAUUUAGAGCUAAUAUUCAGCAGCAGGGUGAGGUAAUGAAACAACUUUGGGAAACGAGGGAGCAGGUGCUUCAUAAGAGGGUUGAUUUAAAAAUCAAACAGAUGAAAAGACUGGAAGUUUCUGCAAGAAAGAAACUUGGAGCGAUGGAAAAAGAAGCUAAUAAUCAAAAUCUCAAACCAAAUUCUCUUCGAGAUCCUAGAAUGGUAAAAGUAAGCACUGAUGCUUCAAGUAGUAUGGCUAUAAAAGCUGGUAGUACUUCUCUUGACUCAAAGAAGAGUGAAACAAAAUCUGCUGAUGGCUUUGUGUCAAAUGUAACCAAAAAAACUAUACCAUCUCCUGAAAAGCCAAAGAAAACUGUUAAGUCUACCAAAAGUGAUGCUGUACAUAGUAAUUUAUCUGUUAAAUCGAGCCCCAAAAAAGAUUUGAAGGAUCUUAUUUCUACUGAUGUAAGUACUGUGACAAAGACUCUGAAAAGGAGUUCAGAAACCUGUGAUACCAUAAAUAGUGAUAGUGUUCCAAGUGAAAGCCAAGCAAAGAAGCAAAAGCUUGUUGAAAAGCAGAAUAUAUCUGACAAUAACAUGAAAGGACCUCCAGUCUUGUUUGGAAAUGAAGAUCAAGAUCAAAGACGCUCAAAAUUACAAAUUCUUGAUUCUAACAUUCAAGGUUGGGCUCAAUACAAGGCUGUUCACCCAGAUGAAUUCGGAAGCCCAACACCAUCUGUAGAAAAUUCUGAAGGAAGGUUUAGGUUUAGAAGGCCUUCUGUGAAUAUGGAUAGUUUUCCUCCUUUUGACCAUAGUAGAUUUCCAAGAUUUAGGUUCCAAAGAGGAGGAAGAUUUAAUGGAAGAUACACUGGAAGGCGUCCGCAGUAUGUUAGAGGCCCUAGAGGAAGGAUUUUCUCUCCUAGCAUUGGACCGUUAGUACUUGAUCCUCAUGUUGUUAUCGCACAAGCUGAAGAAAAAUACCAUAGUGGUCGUAUAUCAGAAGGGGAGUACUUAGAUUUAUGCCAUGACCUACAAAAGAUGCUAGAAAGCAAAGAAUAUCAGCGUUACAAAGAACGAAUGUCAAGAAUACAGAACAUUGGGCAGUCAAGAUUAGAUGACUCAAACAACGAAUUUAGAAGUAAUGAUUCUUCUGUUUUCCCCCGUGUACCAAAUUUUCAAAAAGACAGCAUGAAAAGUCAAGGAACAAUCCCAGCAGAUACAACCUCCUCUCCCUGUACAAAAUCUUUUACUUUAGAUGGUAAAGUAAGAACAGUGCAGUUUAGGGGUCACAGAGCUUUUGUUAUCAUGGACAACAAUGAACUUAAAGAACUGAGUUUUAAGAGUGAACCACGAAAGGUUUUGAUUGAAGGAAUACCUGAACCAAUAACUAUGAGUUUUGAUGGAAAGGAAGUAGAAUUUGUUUUAAAUGGCAAUAAACACUGUAUGAAAUUUGGAACUCCAACUCGAGAGAUUUAUAUUGAUAAUCAUCCUUAUGAAGCUCAGUUUGGUGGUCCACCUUUUUCAAUUCUGCUUGAUGGGCGCUUUUUAAACAUAUGCCUUAGUGGACCUCCACCACAAGUUAUAGUCUCUAAUGAAAUUGAUUAUUCUUCGAGUGAAAGUCGGGAAAACUAUGAGAGUGUACCAAAAGUAGCUCAGCUUUUUGAAACAGGUUCCAAUGCUUCGAAUACUGAUAUAUCAGCUCAAGAUGUCGAUAUGCGUGUAACACCUGGUGAUAUUAACCAACCGUCCAUAUUAAAUGAAGUUGCAACAGUUGUGAAAGAUGUUGAUUGGAGAGUACUUCCUGGAGUGCAAGCUGAAAUGAGAAAUCAAAGUUUUAAUUCACGGUUUGAAAUGAAUGAGAAAAACAACAUAGAUAUGCAAAACCCGGGAGAAAAGUUCCAGUCAAUUUCUGAUGAGAGAAAAAUUACUGAGAAAAAGUGGUAUAACUCCCCUGUUCCUGUUGGUGAAUGGAAGCCUACUAUUGCAGAUGAGAAAUCUUCACUGCAGUUGAAAAACAAUAACUUAAAUGCAAAUUAUGACACUUAUGGUGCUAUUUCAUGGAGAGAACAGGAGCGCUAUCAAGAACCUACCUCCUUUGCUGCAAAUCAAGAAAGUAGCGUUUAUAAAGGUGCUUCUGAAUAUCAUCAACCUUUUGAACGAAAGCAAGCUGCUGCUCCGCGAGAAAAUUGGAGAGGCAUGGCAUUUUCAUGGAGGCCACCACCCUUUUAUGGAAGGCAUUCCAGAGCAGCUCGGAUGAGAGCACCGAGAUUUGGUCCACAGAUUGAAAGAAAUGUUAGACCCAGAUUGCAUGGUUGGAGGUUUGAGUCUCAAAGCCAAGAACCACAGCAAAGCGUUUCACUUACUCAAGAUUCAUUUAAAAAUAUGCCCAUGCAACCGACUAUUCCUAGAAUAUCGGAACCUUCUUCGAAUGUAACAGAAUUUGGACAAAAGGACAGAAUAGCUGAAACUUCACAGGAUAGUACUAAAAUUGAUGUGGAAGCUCUUUUUGCAAAAUUAAUGGCUGCUGGAAUUAUAAAUACUUCUACGGUAUCUGAACCAGUAGAAGAACCUCUUGAUGUUGAUAAAACUCCUGAAACAGAAAAUAAUAAUGAGAAGGAAGAAAUUAUACAAUCAGAAUCAAUACCUGAAGUAGAGUUCAAAAGUGAAAGCCUUAAAGUACCUUAUCCUAAUGUAAUAUCAGCUUUGCAUCAAGGCUCUCAAUGUUGUUCUUGUGGUAUGCGUUUUAAAGAUAUUCAAAGUCAGCAGUACAGCCAGCAUUUAGAUUGGCAUUUCAGAAUAAAUAGAAGAGAAAAAGAAGAAUUUAAGAAACCAGUGUCAAAACGUUGGUACUAUGAAAUAGAAGAUUGGAUUCAAUUUGAAGAGUUCGAUGAUUGUGAAGAGCGAGCUCCAAGCUUCUUUGAUCUUCAGGCUGAGACUGAAACAGUUGAAGUGCCAACUCCCAUUAUUCCUAGCAUUGCAGCAACAGGUGAUAUAUCAGAAGAAUGUAGUGUAUGUGGUGAGCAAUUCCAAUUAUUUUGGGUUCAAGAGGAAGAGGAGUGGCAUUUAAAGAAUGCUAUUCGACAUGAUAAUGAGGCUUAUCACCCAGCUUGUUACGAAGAUUUUAAGAAGGGUAGCCAUUCUGGAACAUUGGGAAUUCUCAGGGAAUUUCGAAAUGCUUCUGGAGAACCAGGAAAACUCGAAACUUUAGCUGCACAAACCUUUAUUGACGUGCCCAAAAGAGUUGGUGGUAGCCAAUUCUUCUCUGCAAUGCCAGGUGUGCCCACUUGGGGGAGGGCCCAAAAAACACAAAAGAUUUCUGCCAUCAUACAGGAGGAGAAUGAUUCUGCUGUUGUUUUAGAGGAAGUAAAUGAAGCUAUGAAAUGCAUGUUAUAUGAAAUGGAAAUGCAAGAAGAAGUAUUAUUGUUCACUACAUCGAUUUUAGAGGAAGUAGAGAAACUGUGCUCACUUGAAGCUUUGUCAAGAGCAGAAGAUAUCUUGGAGGGGAGGCCUGGAGUUGAGGAGAUAAUUGGACUAAUUACUGAAUCUGAAUCAGAAUCGGAAAGUAAUUUGAAUGCUGCAGAUGCAAAAAUGGUAGUCAUGCAAUCAGGUGGCAUUACUUUGAAAGUGAAAGCAGAGAGCUUACAGUCUAAUCCUAAUGCAAAUUCAUCUGAAACUGAUAUAGGUUCUGGUUUGGAAAACAAAGCUGAUGAAUUCCGUCCACCUACACCAGAUCCUAGAUUUCAAGUUUUGCCACCGGUAUCAAAAGGUAGUGAGUUAUCAGGUUUGUGCUGCAUAAUGUGA